CUUGCAGCGAACAGAAAAGUUGGACCGAAUCAUCUUCCCCUGACAUUUUCAUGUUGUCGAACUUCUGCUGGAGGGUCUCACAGAGGUCGAGAUGAAUCUAGGUCCGUUUUUUCUAACCUUCACACCGCCCUUCAUUGACGUUUCCUCCGCGCCUCUGGCCGUUAAUAACCCUUUCAUUGGAUUUGUUUCCAGAUUUCAGCGCUGAAUCGCGUCUGAAGGAGAAGAAGCAACAGCGGAGUCCGCCUGAAAAAUCCAUUUAAAGCGUCAGGGGUUCGCUUUUAGCUUCGUCUGUUCUCACCAGCGGUUCGGUUUGCCGUCAGUUUUUAAGCGCGUUUACACGGUGAAAUUAUGGCGUUCUUCGUGAAAAAGAAGAAAUUCAAGUUUCAGACCCAGCUGACCCUGGAGGAGCUGACCGCUGUGCCUUUUGUCAACGGAGUUCUGUUCUGCAAACUGCGGCUGCAGGACGGAGACUUUGUCGCUACUUCCUCCAGAGAGGAAGUUCAUGAGAACUGUGUCCGCUGGAGGAAGAGGUUCACCUUUGUGUCGAAAAUGAGCGCCAACCCCCACACUGGAGUCCUGGAUCCCUCCGUCUGCAGGGUAUCCGUCAGGAAGGAACUGAAAGGAGGAAAGGCAUAUACGAAGCUGGGCUUCACAGACCUCAACAUGGCCGAGUUUGCGGGUUCUGGCUCCACGGUGCGCUGCUGUCUGUUGGAGGGAUACGACACCAAGAACACGCGGCAGGACAACUCCAUCCUGAAGGUAAUCAUCGGAAUGACUCUUCUUUCUGGAGAUCCCUGCUUCAAAACCGCUCCGAGCACAGCGAAGUCCAUCUCCAUCCCAGGACGGGAACACACCCUGCAGCUGGACUGUAAGGGGGAGGGAACGGCCGAGGGCAGCGGGCCAGCUGGAGGGGUUUCUCUGGGCCGAGCCUCCAAGCCCCGGCCUUCCAUCAUCAGCUCGGGGCUCCUGGACGACUCUGAGACAAAUCAGAACCAGUCUGGUCCAGUGGAGGUUUUCCAGUCCGGUCAUUCUCGGAACUCCAGCUACGCCAGCCAGCAGAGCAAAAUCUCAGGCUACAGCACAGAGCACUCCUGCUCCUCCAGCCUGUCCGACCUCACGCACCGCAGGAAUACCUCGACAGGAAGCAGCGCCUCCGGAGGCCUGUGCUUCACUGCUGACACGCCACCAGAGGGCGACAAAGACGCUGGACGUCCGGAAAGACCUCCUCGACCCCCACGGCCUGUACUGCCCCCAAACCGACCCCUCAGGAGGAAGCAGGACUCUGUGGAGAGUCACCCCACCUGGGUCAACGACACUCGUAUAGACGCCGACGACAUCGUGGAGAAAAUUGUCCAGAGCCAAAACUUUGCAGAUAUCAACAACACCGAAGACAGUAACCUUCGACUGUUCGUCAGCAGAGAUGGAACCACCGCGCUCAGCGCCAUCAGACUGGGAAACAGGGUUUCUGCCGGUGGCUAUGAGCCGGUGGUGAUAGAGAGCCAUUAAACCAGCCGCCUGCUCACCUUCUGUCUGACUGGUUUUACUGGAGCUUCAGCUGGUCUGACGCCAUGAGAGGAAGAACCACGUCCGUUUGCACUUUAUGUCCAGUUCAUUGCAGUGUUUGUCUGCACUCUGUUUCAGCUGUAUCUUUGUGAUGUUGAAGGGAAUGCACAAAAUGCUCCUCACCGUGUGCGACUGUAUUGUAGGGAGAAGUUCAGAGGUCUCCAGCUUUUAGGUCAAACUGAGGCUAAAGCUGUUCUACAAGAACAUAAAUAGGAUCAUAAAGGGUGAAGAAAGGAAGAUAAAACUCAAAUAUUUGACAUUUAUAAUAGGAACCCUGUCUCCUCCUAUUUUACAGAGUAACUGUCAACAGAUUACAUGUUUUCUCCCUGAUUCUUCUUUCACAGCAGAUGAGAAAACAAAAUUUUUUUGAAAGUGUGUUGAAAAUGUCACAUUCAGGUGAAACAUCUGACUUCAGCUUGAUCCACAGAUUCAGUCUAAAACUGACAGUUCAGUGUUGGCACAGCUUAAUCUUUUCUUCUCUUGUGGCACUUUCUGCACACUUGGUUCUGGAAACCUUGUUGCCUUUCUGGUGACCUUAACAUCACUACUUUCACUUUCCUAAUUAUCUACUUGAAUCAACAGGGAAAGGCUUGAAUCAGAGAGUAAUUGUGAUUUGAUCCCAUUAGGAGACUCCCUGGGGGUGAAAUGUGGCUGUAAAGCUGCCUAAAUAUAAGCCAUGGAGUAAAAUGGGGGCAUAUGAAUGAUAAUGGGCUUAAUUUACUUCUGUGAAAGUUUCAGAUUCACUAUAAGCUUAAAUGUUUUUCUACUCACUCCUGAUCUGAAUCUACGUUUUUGUUGGGGUCUUCAGUUUCACCUAAAUGUACAGAUGGAUCAUUGUUGGUAAUAUUCCUCUAGAAUCUGUAAUCCUGUUGGUUUGGAUUCCAACCUUUCAACUGAAGCACAAACACAACAUGAGAGCAGCAACAUUUCACUAAAAUGGAAUAAAAAUACCUUCAUUUGAAGCGUGUGACCUCCCACUGAACUUCCAACUCCCUUCUAACACUAAAAGUGACCGAGUUCGUGAUAAACAUUGAUGUUUUUCCCCCUGUUGAUCAGGGGAAUCUGUGCCUUUAAAGUUUCUCUCUAAUGAGCCAAGAGCACCAUGAAAACUGUGGUAAGAGUGCCUGUGAUGGUGAGGAGAGAAAUGUUUCCCCCACAGCUAACCUGUGAGGCUGCGUGCAUGAACACUAAUCUGCUGCUUCGUUUCCAUGGAUUAACCAGAAGAAAUCAGUCCUGCUAGCCGUCAAAUACAUGCUGACGAUCAGUUCAACAGAACAAACUGUUCAGCCUUUUAUUGGGUCCAGCUACAGAAGAACUUCUCAUCUGAAAACGUUUCUGCGAAGGUCUUUGCUGCCCCCUGGUGGAGCAACAGUAUUCCUGAUUCCUGAGUUUACUCUGAUGUUUACCUGGAACUCGGAAGGAUUUAUGUGACCUUAUGAUGAAACAAACAUAACUGAAACAGGAAAAACUCGGAGUGAAUGUAUCUCUGAAGGCUCCAAAUAGGGAGGAAGUGAUAGUUUUCAGGACCAGCUGGCUGGCUUUUUUUUUUUUGCUUCUUUUCUUGGUGGAUUUAUGAGCAUGUUUUCAGUUUAUCUGCCAACUGUCUGAACACGGCAACAAAGAUUGACUUUACUUUGUUUGAUGGAUUAAAAUGACAUUUUCCUGAUUGUAGAAGGGCCCAUAAAGCAUUGUUCGGUGUAGACAGUGUCUCCCAGGUGGCAUCCCAAACUGCCACCACUGUGUUCUGGUUCUGGUUUCUAAGAAGUGAGGUACUCUUGCUGCUUAGAGUAAAACAAGUGACUUAUAAGUCUGUUUGAAACCAUUUAACCUUCUCGUUUUAUUGUAAUAACAUCAGAGGUGAAGCAACAGAAAAAUGGGAUUUUAAUCCUGGUUAUUUUAUUUGACGUUGCGUGACCAGUGAAGUUCGUCCUCGUUGAUGUUUCCUCGAUGCAGCUCAUUUUAAGCCGUUUCACUUCCAGCAUCGUGUUGCAGAUGUAUGUUAAAGAAUCACAGUUAUUCUCACGUUUGGGGAUGAACCACUGAAAGUUUAGUCUCAAUUUGAGUUUACAUCACCACCUCAUUUUAUUUACCUUUAAAGCAUUUAUUUAAAUAUUUUUGGAGGUUUUCCUGUGGAGGUUGUUAUAAGCUAUGCACACACCUCACCUCCCUGACCUUAUUUGUUCCUUUUAGUGAUUCUAACAAAGGAUUUUAUUAUAACUAAGUUAGUUUGACCUUAAUUUUAUAGAAAAUAAGGUUGGAAUUGAAUUUCCAGUGUCCACAGUUUUUUUUUUCCCAAUAUAUAUUUGUCCAGAAAUGACUUAUAAACAAUAAAAAUGCUAAUCUACA